AUGCUCUCACGUGUUGCUGCGGUGAAGGCACCCCGCACACACAACCGUCGCCGCGUGACCGGAUCCAGCGGAAGGAGGAGGGAAGGAGGAGAGAGUGAGCCGCAGAGGCCCAACGUUUCCUGGCGUGCGUUUACUUCCGCGGUGCUGCUCCUCCUCUUCGUGUUGUGCUGCGGUGGAGCUGCGACCGCUGAGGUGGAAAAGGCCACUGAUGCCUCAACUCCUUCUGGGUCGGCAUUGACGGGUGCCAUUACUGCAGAGGGGAGUGCUUCAGGGGGUGUUGAGAGGCUGCAACGGGUCGGUCUAUUUGUGCCGCAGACGACGCAGGUGCUGCCGAAGAUGGGGACUGACUCAGGUCUGAGAGAUUCAUUUGUUUCACCCUCUCUUGUGAGUGCUGGUGGAGUAAUUGCUGCUUUUGCCGAGGGUCGCAUAAAUGCCAAAAACUCCCAUAACGAAUCAACUAAGCCGUCUUCUGAUGUUGUUGCGGAGUACAUCGACUCUGCGUGCGAUUGGCCCGCUCUUGUUGAAAAGGUCAAAGAGGAAGGAUGGAGGGCACACACUGUGCUUGGUAAAGCGGGGGGAAAAGAGGGUUUUGAUGUUGUGCGCCACCCCACAACAAUUGCGAAGGGCGACACGGUGUUUCUUCUUGUGGGAAGCACUGCCUUGUCCGAUGUAAAUGGGAGUUGGAAAGAGGGCAGCUUGGAACCAAAACUGGUUGUUGGUGAGGUCACGGAGCCUUCGGGCGGCGAGCCAAGUGAACGGAUCAAAUGGGGCGACCCCAAACCACUCCCGAAAAGGAUCUCUUCUGCUUCGCACGAAGGUAACUUGACGGAUUAUAUUGCUUCUGGUGGCUCAGGUAUUCUGAUGGAGGAUGGCACGCUUGUGUUUUCAAUGAUGGCGAAGAAUGAAAAAAAUGAAGUUAACGUUUACUCCAUGAUUAUUUACUCGAAGGACAACGGCAGUACCUGGUCGCUCUCUAAGGGCAUUUCCCCUGCGGAAUGCGGUGCACCCCGCAUCACCGAGUGGGAGGGAUCACUUCUCAUGAUUGUUGACUGCAAGAAUGGCCAGAGGGUGUACGAGUCGUGUGACAUGGGGACAACGUGGACGGAGGCCAUCGGGACACUUCCAGGCGUGUGGGUCAACUCACAACCGGGAGACUAUCCGGAAGGAGUCUUGCAUGUGGAUGCCCUCAUCACCGCGACCAUUGAGGGCAGGAAGGUCAUGCUGUACACACAGAGAGGACACGCCUCGGGGGGGAAUAAGGCAACUGCGCUCUACCUUUGGGUGACGGAUAACAACCGCUCGUUUUAUUUUGGACCGGUUGGCAUGGACAGUGCUGGGGAGAAGGAGGUCGCCAGCAGCCUGCUCUACUCGGAUGGUAAGUUGCAUCUUUUACAACGGAGUAUAAAUGGUGAAGGCAAUGCCAUUUCAUUUUCCCGCCUGACGGAGGAACUGAGUACAAUCAAGUCCACCCUCAGUACUUGGUCGCAAAAGGACGUUUUCUUCUCCAACUUGUCUAUACCCACGGUGGGUCUGGUGGCAGUUUUGUCAAACGCAUCGGCCAGUGACGACACGUGGAACGACGAGUACCUUUGCCUGAAUGCGACGGUGACGAAGGCCACGAAGGUCAAGGAUGGGUUUCAGUUGACGGAGCCUGAGUCCGGGGUAAUAUGGCCUGUGAACAUUCAGGGUAAUAAUGUGCGCCAUGUGUUUUUGAGCCACAACUUCACACUUGUGGCGUCGGUGACCAUCGAAGUGGCUCCGAGUGAGAAAACUCCUCUACUGACUGCGACGUUGGCGGACACUAAUUCCCCGCUUACCAUGGGAAUCUUGUACACCGCGAAUAAAAAGUGGAUGACGAUUUUCAAUGAUAAUGUAACAGAAAGUGGCAGUUGGGAGUUAGGGAAAGAAUACCAAGUGGCACUCAUGCUGCAAGGCAAAAGGGCCUCUGUGUACAUUGAUGGUGAGUCGUUGUGGAAGGAAGAAGUGCCGUUAACAGAUGAGACGCCACCUGAGCUUUUCGCUUUUUGCUUUGGCGCGUGCGGUGAGGAUGAUGAUGAGGUGAAGUCCAGUCCGAAGGAGAUCGUCAAAAAAUCUCUUGUGACGGUGACGAACGUCUUUCUGUACAACCGCCCACUGAAUUCCACUGAGAUGAAUGCAAUCAAGGACAGGAAACCCGUUCCGAAGAGAGCUCCAGAACCACGGGUAAAAAUUGCUCCCAAACCUGUCGCACCUGUUGUACCUGUCGCACCUGCUGGACCUGCUGGACCUGCGGUGCCUGCUGCACCUGCUGGACCUGCGGUGCCUGCUGCAUCUGCUGGACCUGCGGUGCCUGCUGCACCUGCUGGACCUGCUGGAAAUGAAGGGACGGCACGAGAAAAGGGUGAUGGUGGGGCAAAUGGUGAUGCUGGUUCCGCGUACGGGAGGGAACUGCUGCCGCUGCUGCUUCUGCUGGGACUGUGGGGCCUUGCGACUGCGUGA